CUUAUCACGUCGACCCAACAGCAACCAACGUGGAUACUCUCAUCUUAGAAAUGGCUCAUCCAAAGGGUCUUCUAAGCCUCCCUGACGAGCUUCUCCUCGAUAUUGCAGAUUUUGUUCAACAUCAACGCGACCUCGCACGAAUCCUACGCGUCAAUCGAAGACUUCACGCGGUCUUGAGAAACGUCGCUCUACGACGAAAUAUCAUGUACUACAACAGCAGUGCUAUGAUGUGGGCGGUUGAACACAACCGCGUGGAAGUAGUUGGUCACAUGAUGAGACUGAAAGCUGGUCUUGGGUUCGCACGUCACGAACGUGGUCCGUCUGAUGUAAUAAAAACUCCGUUAGAUUGUGCAGUCACGAAGGGAAAUCUGAGGCUCGUUCAAAUGCUCACUGGGGAAGAUCCGGAGAAGAUCAAGGACAUUAUCGAGGGUGAAGACCUACGCCGGAAAUACAUAAAGCCUUUGCGUCUAGCGUUGUACAAUCGGGACGAAUCUAUCAUUCAUGUAUUGGUCAAUCGAACGAGCAUGUUCAACCGGAUUAUUGCAGUUGACGCCAUUACGCAUGAAAGAAAGACAGCCUUGCACUUGGCGUGCGACAAACGCUUGGUCGAAACAGUGCGGUUAUUGCUGAGCAAAGGAGCUGACCCGAACUGGCAUUCAAAAAACUGGCGCCCAAGCUUUCGCUAUGUUGAGCGCUUGCUGAUCAUUGACGACGUUUACCAACACCUGCUAAACGGAGAUGCCUUGGAAAUACUCCAGUUAUUGUUCACACACGAUCUUGAACCCAAUGAAGACCUUCACAGGAUAGGAAGUGAGCACAGCGAUCCUUCUGUGCGAUGGAUGUUUCAUCGAGAAGCUUUGUGCGCAUCACAAGAGCAGUCCACAGCAAGAGAGUCGAGCGCAUUCCAGAUUGACCACAACGCAUUAUUUUCACCCCUCGUCGGUGCUCACACUCAGAAGGACGUGACCCACGGAUUGAGCAAUGUGUGCAUCACUAGGAGAGACCCAGAACAUGAACAUUCGUUGUUGAGUGUUUCGCCUGAUGCUACACAAAUAUGCGAGGUUCCAGAAUUGGAACUUUUAGCUGCCUAUGUCGAUCCUUUCCCACCUCUAGGGUCUUGAAUGUCCAGGGCCAGACAAGGAGGCGUAACGAAGAUGGGGUGACUUUCAAAAGAAAGACAAGCGUCACCGUCAGGCCGUUAAAUUGGCACACCCUAAUCAACGGGAGAUGACAGCAGUUCAAACGCCCAGUCUCGGAAGUAGAGAGCUUUCCAUCGCGGAGGUCCGAUCCCCCACAUUUUAAGAAGGCUUAUUCUGGCUUCUUGACGCCCCAUCGAGACCGUGUUAUAUCCCCUGCGCUUGACUUCUCUGAAUUGUCUAUAGUUACUGUUGUUACUUCUGAGCCCAGCGGGUUGGACAGAUGCGGUCAUCAGAAAUCCAGAUAGAUGAAGGUUGUAAUCGUGAGUUCAAGGGAAGUUUUAGGAGGUAAAUUGGAAUUUUCAC